AUGAUUUACAGUUGCCCUUUUUCUGACCCUGUUCUUUUUUAUUCCCUCUUUUCCUUAAAUGCCAUCUACCAGAAUGAGAAUGGAGAAAGGUACAGCAUAAUCAGAUAAAAGUCAGUAUUAAAUGCUUAAAACAUUACGUGGAGGUAUAUUUAGCUCUGCUUUUCUUCCAGGACUGGAGUGAUUGGCUGGGUUUCUCAGGGUUUGACCCGGGUGUUACCUCAGCCGGACGACAAAUACAAAGAGAUUCAUGAUCCAAAUGAGGAGCACACUGAGGUGAGACUCAGAUCAAACGCAGGAUCCUCCACGAGAAAUCAAAGAUGCACUCAUUUCCUUUGCAGAGACAAACACCAGAACACUAAAGGAUCAAAUUUAUCAACUCAUAUUUUCUGUUUUGAUGAUCACAUGAAUAAAUCAAGGAGAUAAGACAGCAACUUAUUCAGUCUAUCAGACUCGGGUUAAACAUCUUAAUGCUGUCACACAGGCUUGUAUGACUAAUCAUGCAUGAGGAUUAGGCUUACAGAGAAAUAGCAGGAGGUUGAGCCGGGGUUAAAGCCCUCCAUUAACUUCACUGCUGUCUAUUCAUGUGACUGACAAUGCAGGAAGCCUGGGGCUGCGGGGUUAAUCAUGCAGACAACUUGCAGGAAAUGUGUAUUUUCAUCAUUUUCUGAGAUUUCUGCAGGCAAGGAGCAAUCCACCUGUUUCAUGUCCCCUCUAAAUUGCUGAAAAAGUCAUAAAUGAGUGAGGCAGAUCAAGUGAGUUGAUUGAGCCUUUUGUCCAUAAGGCCCCAUGUGUAGCUCUAGUUGGCCAAACUGUUGCUCUUCAUGUUACUCUGUUCGGUAUGCCAUUAAAGGGUCCUUUGGGACAUGAAUUUUAUUGUUGUGUUGGGCCCCAUUUGUAGUCCAUGUGAGGAGACACAUGCUGUACUGAAUGGAGCUGAUGGACAAAAAAUAGCAGAGCAGCUUUGACUUCUGUGUGCAUGGCAAACUAACAAAAUAAGAAAAUAUCAUCAAUAACCGAGAAUAACGGAACAAAAUAAUUUUUUUUAAGAUUUCAAGGCAUCAUCAAAAUAAAGUUUAUCCAGAGCUGCCAGCACUGAAAUGUAGUCUACAGAUAAUCUUAGGAACUUAGACUAAAUGACCAACAGUGAUUACAAAGGGCUGCCUGUUAGCCUCCCCGCUCUUCAUAAUGGACUACAUUUACAGCACAUUUGAUCCAGAAUCCUGACACUUGACACAAUGUGAAGCAAGUGUUUUUUAAUCUUUGAGAAAAGUAUAACUUCAGCUUUAAAAUAGAUGUUCCAUGUUCCUCGUUUUAGUUCAGACAGCUGUCUGCUCUUCUGAUCUUUCCCUUUGAACAUAGAAAACUAUGGCUUUUUUCUUCAUUUUAAUAAGUUUUGAUAAGCAUAAUACAACAACUAAAUUGUCACAGAUUUAUGUUUUUUUUUCUAUUACUGUCAUAUGUUUUAUCUGUGUUAUUAGUUAAUGAUAAAAGUCUUUUUUGACAAAAAAAAAAAAAAAUAGGGAGUAGUGAUAAUUUGCUAUUAUUUCCUUUGAUAGUUUAAGAUAAAGUAAGAUUGAAGGUCAUUUAUUAAGGUAAUCUCUUCUCCAGAGAGAAGAACACAAACUGGAUUACUUACUGCAGCUUUCAAUGCUGUGUCGGCACAAAUAAUUUUGGAGAGUUACAGUGAGACAUUGAGAUUUUGCUCACUUAUAACUUUAUGUCAUGUAGCUGUAUGAAACAUAACUUUUAACAUCAUUAGAAAUGGACAAUAACAUGUUAGUUGGUCAACUGCAUUUAUUUUAACAGUUAAUGAAAUAAUAUGUCUUGCCCAUAGUCUAUGGUCUUGCCUUUCCUCAUUUUUCCCCCCUGAAGUUUUCUAUAGAUAUUAAAAUAGUGUUGUCAUCAUUAAAUACUUUGACCAUAAUGUGAAAAUAUGACAUCCUGACAGUCCUAGUUGCAAAAAUGCAUUUCCAUAAGCUUAAAAUCACACUCUGAUGCCUUGACUUUUCUUUUGUCUCAGGUUUAUGAAGUGGAUAAGAUGCCUGGUAUGAGACUUCCUCAUUUGCCUCAAAAUACUCAAAAUAACUACCUUUAAUGUUUUGUUGAUUGAUUUAAAUUCAUGAAAUAAGAACUUUACCAGCUGCUCUCUGACUGGUCUGUCUUUCCAGAUUAUGAUCCUCUCCCACACAUCCCUGUGGUGGAGAUGCACUCAGAUGACGAAGGUGAUGUCGAGGACAUGAGCCCGAAAUUUCCUCCCAAGUGAGUAAUCAAAGUCAAACACACUCCUCGGGUAAGACACACAAACAUGGAAAUGCCUGACCUCUCUUUUUUGCUGCUGCAGCGUGGUGAACUGGAUAAAGCAGAUGGUCCCUCAGCCUGCCAUGUUGCCCCCUGGUGCUGUACCACUGGAACCAAGGGAGCCAUCAAACAAGUCUGCCAGAUCCUCUCUGGACAAAAGUACUCAUACACACAGAAUAUUACAAUAAUAAUAAUAAUAAUAAUAAUAAUAAUAAUAAUAAUAAUAAUAAUAAUAAUAAUAAUAAUAAUAAUAAUAAACCACUUAACUAUCUGCUUCAAAUCCUUGAGCCUUAAAAUCUCCCUGACACUGAACAUACUUUUUAGAAAUGUAUUUGAUAGAUUUGUCUUUAGUUGAAAAUGUUUAAUCUUCUUCUCCGCGUGUCCCCUCUCUCCAGUUUUGUCUCCACCACCUGAAUCUCUCAGUGGAAUCUCUCUGGAUACUGACAGCAAAGCCUCAGGGUAUGUUUUUAUCACUCACUGACCUUUUCACUGACAGCCAGUCAUUCUAAUCAUCUCAUAUUUGCAAAUGUGUUAAUUGGCAAUUUUUUUUUCUCGUUAAAACAAAAUAGAAGAAGUGGAAGUAUUUCUGUCAGUAAGCACAACAGUCCCAAUACCAAAUAUAGUGCAAAGAAAUCAUUUUCAAAUGUACAGACUGAAAAGUUCACUGUUGCAUGAAAAAUGCAGUAUAUAUUCAUCAAAAUUUGAUGCCAGCAACAUAAUACUAACGGUUGGGACAAGCACAACAAAACACUGAAAAAGUUGUAUAAUGCAAAAAGAAAUCUGGAGGAACAUCUCCCAGCAUAUGAGGCUAAUUUGAAACAGGUUACAAAAAGGACAAAGCUAAAAACCAGGAUUGGGUGGCUGAGAUCUGUGGGUCCGCAGGCAGAGUGACACUUCUUUUUUACACUUCCUUUUACACUCCACUUUCUUUCAAGAGUGGGACAACAUUUUAAUUCAAAACUUUAGGAACUGGUCUCCUCAGUUUCCAGAUGUUUGCAGAGUUGUUAAAAGACGGUUAACAUGUAAUAUUGCAUGUCCUAACUUUUUAGACACGUGUUGACAGCAUCAAAAUAAGCAAAUAUAUUACAACUACUUUCACUUAACGUAAUUUUUUUUUUUUAAACACUUUGCACAGAUUGUAUUCUACUAAAACCAUCACAGAUAUUCACUUAUCAAAGCAGAGAUUUUAAACUAUGGGGUCCUUUUAUUCAUGCAUUUGUUUCCAUAAAUUGAUUUGGCUACUGUUUUUCCAAAACCAAUUGUUUUUACUGUUUUUGAUCUUGCUUCUUUGGAAGAACUGCCAUGUAGCUUGGCAUUUAAACUCUGAUCUUGUUACUUUCGUUCGCUAGUUUAUCAGUUUUUCUGUUGACAGGGUGAUUGGCUGGUUUGUGUCUGGACUGGGCCUGAAGUUGCCUCAGCCCGCACUCCCACUGAAAGAUGAGCCUGAGGUAAUUUUAGCUUAUUAAAUCAUUUUCUCUUUUCCCUCCUAGUCCUUUUUGUCUUCUAACCUGUAAUUCUUGUCUUAUAUUCAGUGUCAUUUUCACUUUCUGAUACUCUAUCCAUGCUGAUUUAUCUUAUGGGACUGCCUUUUAUGUUUGUUUUCCUUUUUUUCUCCCAGAAUCCAGUUGAAGUCCUGCAGAAAGGUAAGUUGUGGUUCCCUUUUAUUAAAUUUGACCUGUUGAGUAGAAACAAAGCUUGUUCCUAAGUGCCACAAUUCACAGUUAAAUCAAGUGGAUCUAUCAUAUCAUGUUAAGUGAUCUAAGAAUAAAUCUUACAACAAAGAAGAAAAACAUCUCUUUAACAAAAUGGGGUGUGCUUUAAUGAAGUCACUUUUUAAGUCACUAUUUAACUGCCUCCUGUCUCCUUUUGCGUCAUAUCUGGAAAGUAUAAAAUAUGUCUUUCUGCUGAAGCACCCUCUUGUUUUUCCACCCAUAGUUUUUGAAGAGGUGUUUUGGUCGGACGGCCGGAGCUUAACUCAGUUCCUCUUCUCCUUCUGUUUCAGGGGGGAAGGCGCUGCGAGCCCCUUAAACAGCAGGAGGAGACGACUGGGGGAACGCUCUGAUUUCCACACAGACAAACACACAGGCAGAUACCGAUAGUCAAAUCGAACUGUUGGCAGAGCAACAGGUGCUUUACAGCUCAGCGCAGAGAGCAGGCAGCUGUUAAAGAUGACAGAGCGAAACUCAACUCACCCUUCUGUACUGAAUUUCAUAUGAAUGUAUUACAACUUAAAAUAAGAGCACUGAUAUGAUAAAAAAACUGUACUGUAUAUUACAUAGCUUAUCAGAUGUGUUCAUGUCUACAGUCUUGAAUGUAAUGUAAAAUGAAUUUGCACGUUCUCUGUUUAAAACAGAAUCAUUUAGUGAAUGCCACUUAUAUAUGCCAUGUAGUUAGGCGUAUGCAGUAAAGAUUGCAGUUAGGACAUUUAUGCUUUACUUUUUGUGCUUUAAUCUGCACUGUGAUUCAUGUUGCCAUUUUCACAUCCAUUAAAAAAAGCCAUAGAUGAUAAGAAGAUAAUAUACUGGUCAUUAGAUUUUAUAUGAAUCUGCUUCAAUAUAAGAAGUCAUAUCUGUUAUUCCUAAUUCACAAAAUCCGCAAAGAAUACCUAACUGGCAGCUAUGUUCACCAAUUAAAAUAUAUUUUUCUGACAAAGUCAAAAAUAUACUUUUAUUUUUUCUUAAUAUUUAGAGGAAUUCAUUCGAAAAGUUUAUUUUUCCAUAUAUGCACCCAUUUCUUAGUGACUGUGUUAGAGAAAGCAGAGUCAGAUAUCUGUGCAGUUGUUUAAAGCUUUCCCAUAGUUUGAACCAAAGUUGAAAACACAUGUUGGGGGGGCAGCACCUGUGCUGUAAGGUCUACUUUGAUCCACUUGAUUUAUUUCUAAUGCUUUGAACUGUGAAAUGUGGCCUGAGGGUCAUGGCUUGGUGUUGUUUCAGAGGGUUUGGUUUGAUUUCAAAGAACUAUACUUUCUGGAGUUAAAGCUUGUUCAGUGUAAUGCAAACAUGGUAGAAAAUAUAAUAUCAUAUACUGUAAUGUAAGAUCACUGCAGGAACAAUAAAGAUUCAGUGUGAAAGUAUUCAUGUGGUUGUUUUUAUCAAUGUUCUGCUGUAAAACGACUGCAAGCACCUUUCGCCUGCAUGCUUACACAUUGAAAUAAUUAAUAUAUAAAACCUUUUGCAUAGUUUCACAUUCUCAGAUAUCAAACAAACCCUUAAUAACUGAUAGUGUAGAAAAGCUUAAUCUAUUGCUGUCUAUAGCAGCAGUUCUGACAGAUACCCUCAAUAGAAAAUCCGCUGUGUAUUUAUUACUUUAAAAUAAAGUCCAGUAGUUAGUGUCAGUAGUUUUGAAGAUCCCCCCAUAACUGAAACACCCUGGUCCAGCACACUCUAAAAACCCCUAGGUUAAAAUCAACCCAACUUGGGUUGUUUUUAACCCAACACCAGGGUUGAAAAGGGUACAACUACUUAUUGGUUUAUUUUGACCCAGAAUGUUGAGUUAUUCAAAUUAACCCAAGUUUUGGGUUGACUCAAUAACCCUUUUUAAGGGUCAAGUUAAACCAGUCUUUGGGCUCUAUUUUGGUGCCUCGCCGGAGACGUGCCGCAAGCGCAGAGUCAAUCAGAUCCGCCGCGCUGACAAGGCGUUCCCAAGCACAUUUUGGUAUUUUGGUGAGCCGCGCAGCCCGGCGUAAGUAUCCCCCCUCCCUAACUCAGCUCCUCCCGGCAGCAUAAAUCAUAGAAGGGGAGGAGAGAGGGCGUAUAGGGGUUUAACACAGCCGAGACCUGUUUUCACCAAUCACAUAAGCUCCUCUCCUUGCCUUUAAAUCCGCCACCGGCGAGGCGUAUUACCAUUUUCAUGAAGUAGUCAAAGAGAUCGAGAGAUGUCUGAAGACAGCUAUGCCACACGAUGGCGACAGAGGGCAGCUGCUCAACAAGUGUCCUCCACACCCUCUCAUCUGAGCACAGAUAGAUUUGGUGUGCGUAAUGUUGGACCCACUGGUAAGACAAACACCCUUUUCCACAAAAAAGACACUCACAUAAAGUUGCAUAUAUUCAAACCUCACGUGACAAAGGUGGGUUUAGCGCACAGAUCACAACAUAAACUCCAAAAAUGGCAUUAAAAUCGGAACCAUCUGUGCGUAAAUGACGCAUCGCGCUCCGUGGCCUGGCUCUUUCUUUCAUAGAUGUUGGCAUAUAAAAUAAAUUUGGCCCACAAAACUGAAUAUUAUAAUAUCCGUAUGUCGGCUUAAAGUAGAUAACGCAUCUGAGCACUGAAACAAAUCAUCUGUUCAGCCGCAGCAGCUGCAGCAAGACGGACAGAGGACACGGAGACGUGUCCAGGUCGAGCUGUGCGAGAAAUAAGAGGAAGAAAGAAAAGGAGGGAGACACAUUACAUAUCUUGUUAACUUCAUCAUGUGUGUUUAUUUACUAGAUAUUUAAUUUAAUUUGAUGCAGUUUCAGCUGUGUUGAUUCGGUCAGGUUGUGUGCCCAAACGCGUGCCAAACGCGUGCCAAACGCGCUCAUCAGAUCAGAUAUAGAUCAGAAUAUAUCGAUAUAGAUCUAAAUGUAUGUGCUGACUCAGAUUAAUAGUUGUUGAUGAUUAUUUAUUGCACUGAAAUGUGCCUGACACUGUGGAAACCUGCCGGUGAGGCAUCAGUGACGUAUGUCGAUACGCCGCCGGUCUACCAAAAUACUACAAGACCAGCUGCGUUCCGCCUUGCGCUGAAAGCUGACCAGGUUUGAAUCGGCGAGCUUUCAGCGCACGUUACACGCCGGUGGCGAGCACGAAAAUGUCACUGCGCCAGCUGAUUCUGUCAACACCUCCCCCUGCCACGCCACCACGCCCAGCUUGGCGGAUCUCGGCUCGCCUCCGUGCGACUCAGUCCACGAAAAUACCAAACUCGCCUUACGCUGGGCUCCGCCAGACGAAAAUACAACUGCGCGGGGCUCGCCGCCCUCCGCCGCCUCACCGGCGCGAACGAAAAUAGAGCCCUUUGAGUUAAUUUGACGCAUGAUCUUGGGUUAAAGUGAUACAUGCAUUUGGGGAUGCAUUUAUUUGGGAGCUCUGCUUUUACAACCUGUACCUUAUUUUCCCAUGUACUUUUAUCUAACUGAUAGUAGGCUCUACCUGCUGAGCUACCCAGCCACCCAAUAUAUAUUGGAGUAGCUCCCCCUCAUUAGGCCUAGAUACCAUGCAGAGUCAAUCCAACCCAGUGUUCUAACCCAAUUAUUGGGUUACUCUCAGAAGAAAAACCCAUAAUUAUUAACCCAUUCAGAUAACCCUCAAAUUGGGUUAUAAUAGAAUCCAUAUGACCCAAGAAAUGGGGAUGGAUCUGAAAAAUAACCCAGAAAUUUAACUCAACACGUAAAACCCAGGAAUUGGGUUGAAGAAAUAACCCAAGUGUUUUUAGAGUGAAUCAUCAAAUGCCACCCAACUCUCACAAAGAAGUCUCACAAACUGUCUCACCUCUUUAUAGUUUCAACCAAACUCAAGCCUGACAUGGUGCUAGAGGAUGUGGAUUCAGACAACGAAGAUGAAACUAGAAUCAGGAACACAAAUAACCAGCAAAAUGCGUCACAGCAGUCAAACUUCAUUGCCAGCCUAAAAACGAAACCACAACCUUCAGAGACUCUGGCAAGAAUGUCUGUCGAAGAUGCCGAGACACAGACCGGACGCUGGACGCCAUUCAUUCAAAGCAUCAAGAAGGAGGCUGAAGAUGUGGCCAUGGCUACCAUGGAGGAACGGUGAGGAGGAAGUGGUUGGGCUGUACUUCUUAGCCAUUACAGUACCCCAAUGCGGUAACACUUUACUGAAGAAAAGACUAACUUCUAAACCAAACAUUACUACAAGUACAUUUACUGCACAUGUAAUCAGAUGACAUGUAAAAUAUCCAAUCUGCCAUUUAAGAAGCAUUGCAAGCAUUCUGUAAACCCCUUUUUAUAGAACGACUCAAUUUGAAUCCACUUUAUUCCCUGUCUAUGUAGUCCCAUUGAAGAAAAAAACUGAUGUUACUAACUUGGCUGAAAUGGUGUACACAUCUCCACACUGUGUUACUGAGCUAAAUUAAGCAGGCAGACUUUGCUGUUGCAUCUAAACUUUUAACACUCAGGAAUGACACUUGGAACAUCCAAUAUUGCUUUUAUUAUAUUUACUGUACAUUAAGUGCACAUCAUUAUGUCCCAUCCUUCUUCAGUCUGAUGCUGGAGCGCCUGGAGAUGGUUCGUAUGGCUGAAGAGGUAGCCAGGCAGACAGCUGAGAUAGCCAUUAGACAGAUGGCCGGUGAGGGGCAAUCUGUCAGACUCUCUCUGGGGAGUCAAGAACUGCUGGAGGAGCAUGAAAUUGAGUAA